GCUGUCGGUGGGGGCUCCGGGGGUCGCGGGGUGCCGGGACCCCCCCCUGUGCGGGGGGGGCUGCGAGGCCAUCGUGGACACGGGGACGUCGCUGGUCACCGGGCCCAGCGCCGAGGUGGCCGCGCUCAACCGGGCCCUGGGGGCGACCAGCGCCCCGGGGGGGCAGUACCUGCUGGACUGUGACAAGGUCCCGUCCCUGCCCAACGUCACCUUCGUCCUGGGGGGCAAGGAGUUCACGCUGGGCCCCCGGCAGUACGUGCUGCAGGUGUCGCAGUGGGGGUCCCCCACGUGCGUCAGUGGCUUCAUGGCCCUGGAUGUCCCCCCGCCCGCGGGUCCCCUCUGGAUCCUUGGGGACGUUUUCCUGGCCGUGCACUACGCCGUCUUCGACCGCGACCGCGACCGCGUGGGGCUGGCACGCAGCAAGUGA